CCCAGAAGACUUCCAAACCCAAGAACUUCACUCUCUUGGAAACCCACCCAGAUCCUCCCCGUUCUGACACCAUGGUCAGCUCCUGUUGUGACUCCGUGUGCUCUGACCAGGGCUGCGGCCAAGACCUCUGUCAGGAGACCUGCUGCCGCCCCAGCUGCUGUGAGACCACCUGCUGCAGGACUACCUGCUGCCGCCCCAGCUGCUGUGUGUCCAGCUGCUGCAGGCCGCAGUGCUGCCAGUCUGUGUGCUGCCAACCCACCUGCUGUCGCCCCAGCUGCUGUGAGACGACCUGCUGCCACCCUAGGUGCUGCAUCUCUAGCUGCUGCCGCCCCAGCUGCUGUGUGUCCAGCUGCUGCAGGCCGCAGUGCUGCCAGUCUGUGUGCUGCCAACCCACCUGCUGUCGCCCCAGCUGCUGUGAGACGACCUGCUGCCACCCUAGGUGCUGCAUCUCUAGCUGCUGCCGCCCCAGCUGCUGUGUGUCCAGCUGCUGCAAGCCCCAGUGCUGCCAAUCUGUGUGCUGCCAGCCCACCUGCUGCCGCCCCAGCUGCAGCAUCUCCAGCUGCUGCCGCCCCUCUUGCUGUGAAUCCAGCUGCUGCCGCCCCUGCUGCUGCCUGCGUCCAGUCUGUGGCCGAGUCUCCUGCCACACCACUUGCUAUCGCCCAACCUGUGUUAUCUCCAGCUGUCCCCGCCCCUUGUGCUGUGCCUCCUCUUGCUGCUGAGCCCACUGCCCUGGCUUGUCUUCCCCUUCACCACUGGCCCACAGAUGUAGACCCUUCUACUGUGCUGACCAUUAGGAUACAUGAAGUGGGGUUGAUGUCAUUCAAUAGGAUGGACCUCAUGUUUCCAAUGAGCCCAUCACCAUUUCACUGACUCUUUGAGAACAUUCUGAUUCAUUUUAAACUCCCUCCCUUGCUUUCUUUUUCUUCCGGUGGUGGCACCAAAUGUGCAUUAAUUUGUAAUCCACUAGCUAGAAAUUAUUCCAAUCCUCUAAUUUCCUCAUUUUGUUUAUCACUUUGAGGUACAGAUCUUCUUCUCAGUGAGGUAGACAUUAUCUGCAGGACCAGUUUUGUCACUGAGGUUGCACCCUCAGAUCCAGCCGCCCAGUUAUAUUCUGUGUUUCUCCUAGUGUGAAUUUCUUAUGCUUUGUUGCAUCUCUGCUUUUUAAUAAACUUUUCU